AUGAAGACAGAUUACAAGUUUUCCAAUCUAUUGGGAACAGUCUACCGCAAGGGCAAUUUGCUCUUUACUCCCGAUGGCACCUGCUUGCUCUCGCCGGUAGGCAAUCGUGUCUCGGUCUUUGACCUUGUGCACAACACUUCUUAUACCCUUCCAUUCGCUCAUCGAAAAAAUAUCAUUCGCCUUGACCUCACACCAAGAGGAAAUCUCUUACUUACCGUCGACGAGGAUGGACGGGCCAUCUUGACCAAUUUCAAUCGGCGCAUUUCGAUCCACCAUUUCACUUUCAAGGGAAAAGUCUCUGCUUUGAAAUUCUCUCCAUCGGGCCGGCAUUUUGCUGUGGCUGUUGGCAGACGGCUUCAGCUUUGGCAGACCCCGUCAACUCCCGGUACGGAGACCAACGGGGAGAUUGAGUUCGCCCCGUUCGUGCUGCAUCGUGAUCUGGCUGGUCACUUUGACGAAAUUCAGAACAUCGAGUGGUCGAGUGAUUCCCGAUUCCUCCUUACUGCCUCAAAGGACUUGACGGCGCGAGUGUGGAGUCUGGACCCCGAGGAUGGCUUCGAGCCCACAACCUUGACGGGGCACAGGUAUGGCGUGGUGGGUGCGUGGUUCGAUGCCAAUCAGGAAUUGAUUUACACCGUCAGCCAAGAUGGAGCUCUUUUCCGCUGGGAAUACUUGACGAAGAAAGAUCUCGAGACGGGAGAAGAUAUCGCGUCAGCGCGUUGGCGAAUCACGAAGAAGAAUUUCUUCAUGCAAAAUGACGCAAAGGUCAAUUGCGCCGCCUUCCAUGCGAAGUCUAACCUGUUGGUAGUAGGGUUCUCGAACGGACUCUUCGGGCUCUAUGAUUUGCCAGAAUUCAACACGAUCCACCUUCUCAGUGUCUCUCAAAGCAAUAUCGAUGUCGUUACGAUCAAUCAGUCCGGUGAAUGGCUCGCUUUUGGAUCGUCCAAGUUUGGCCAAUUGCUAGUGUGGGAAUGGCAAUCCGAGUCGUACAUUUUGAAACAGCAAGGCCAUCUGGACUCCAUGAACGCAAUCGCCUACUCUCCAGAUGGGCAAAAGAUUGUCACGACCGCCGACGAUGGCAAGGUGAAGGUCUGGGAUGUCAAAUCAGGAUUCUGCAUCGUUACCUUUACGGAACAUCAGAGUGGAGUGACUGCUUGCCAAUUCGCCAAGAAAGGCAACGUGUUAUUCACUGCAUCCUUGGACGGAUCUAUUCGUGCAUGGGAUCUUAUCCGGUAUCGCAAUUUCCGCACCUUCACUGCACCUACCCGUCUCUCCUUUUCUUCCUUGGCUGUCGACCCAAGUGGCGAGGUCGUGUGCGCCGGCUCACUAGAUGAUUUCGAUAUCCACGUGUGGUCGGUCCAGACCGGACAAUAUCUCGACCAGCUCUCCGGUCACGAAGCACCUGUGUCUGACCUUGCCUUUGCCGCGGAUGGCAACCACCUGGUCAGCGGCAGCUGGGACCACACCGUCCGAGUCUGGAGUAUUUUUGGCCGGGCCCAGACUAGUGAGCCUCUCCAGCUCCAGUCCGAUGUGUUGAGUGUUUCUUUCCGGCCCGACGGACUGCAGAUCGCUGCCUCGACGCUCGAUGGCCAACUAUCGUUCUGGAAUGUCUUCGAAGCCGUUCAAGAAGGCGGCCUUGACGGACGUCGCGAUGUUUCCGGUGGCCGCAAAUUGUCCGACAGGCGUACUGCCGCCAACUCCGCCGGGACGAAGUCUUUCAACCGUAUCACCUACAGUGCCGAUGGGAGCUGUAUCCUCGCCGCUGGUAACAGCAAAUACAUCUGUCUGUACGACGUGACAACGGGAUCUCUCAUUAAGAAAUUCACAGUCUCGGUCAACACAUCGUUGGACGGUACGCAAGAAUAUCUGAACAGCGGAGACCUUACCGAGGCCGGACCCCGCGGUCUUAUUGAUGAGUCUGGGGAAAUGUCGGACAAGGAAGACCGCAUCGACCGUUCCCUUCCCGGUGCGCACCGCGGUGAUCCUGGUGUGCGAAGUGUUCGUCCAGAGGUGCGAGUGACGUCGGUCGAUUUCGCGCCUAGCGGUCGCUCUUUCUGUGCGGCUUCGACCGAAGGUCUUCUCAUCUACAGUUUGGACACUGACUUUGUGUUUGAUCCUUACGAUUUGGAUAUCACCAUUACACCGUCGACCAUCCUGGCUACACUCGACGCUGCCAAGACAGCCGCUGCGUCUGGUUCAGUGGAUGAUGAUAACACCUUCUUAAAGGCUCUCAUCAUGGCUUUCCGCCUGAACGAAUCAAAGCUUCUACGUGCAGUCUACGAAGCAAUCCCACCUUCUGACAUUCCACACGUGGUAAGGUCCGUGCCUACAGUUUAUCUGCCCCGCCUACUGCGCUUCGUUGCACACGCGGCCGAUGAGACUCCACACUUAGAGUUCAAUCUUAUGUGGAUCGAGUCUCUGUUCAGCUGCCACGGUCGCUACCUCAAGGACAACUCCGGAACUUUUGCGCCGGAGCUGCGUGCAGUCCAGCGCGCCGUGGACGAGAUUCGGGAAAACUUGAAGCGACUCACAGAGAAAAAUGUUUACGAUCUGAACUAUCUUCUGUCAAAACCCGUUCUUGCCGACAAGAAGCCUUCCACAUCCCUGCUCACCCUCGAUAACGGCGAUGUUGAUGGCGCCGACGAUCAGAUGAUCGAAGCAUCUGAUGAGGAGGGUUCAUGGAAUGCGUUGGGAGACUACACCAACAUUCUGAUCAACAGCUAUUUGCCUUCCAGCACGGUCAGAAAGCGCUUGACUCCCAGUAUUGACGAAUGGAUCAGUAUCAAGGCCCAUGAAUUAUUUGUGAAGCUCAUCGCCCGGUCGACAUCACGGAUUCUUACUAGCUCUCUCCGCCGCAAUGAGCAAUGGCUCGAAGUCGCAAGCAAAUAUUCCGUCAAUGUGGGAAUCACCAUUUUCCUCUUACGCCCUUUCCCAAAUUUCAUUCGACCUUUCGUCGCGCCCUUCCUUCCCUCGGUCCGACAGAUGAAAAGACAGUUGCGAAUCGCCAAAACUCUCUUCAUUCCCAUCAUCCACGAACGUCGUGCGGCAGAGGCUGCCAGAGACUCGCAGUAUGAAAAACCAGACGAUUUCCUGCAAUGGAUGAUGGACAUGGCAGAAGACAAGCAGGAUCUCGAUGCAGAAACCAUGGCCCAUCAUAACCUCAUUCUGAUGAGCUUGGCAGUCGUGCACACGAGCUCUGUCGCCUUGUGCCAUGUUCUCUAUGAUUUGAUUUAUAAACCGGAGCAUCUCGAACCCAUUCGAGAAGAACUUGCACAGACUUUGAGCGAAGGCUGGGAGCACGCCACCAAAGCAUCCUUCGAUGCCCAGAAACGGCUGGACAGUUUUCUUCGCGAAUCCCAGCGCUGGGGUCCUCCAGGUGAAUUAUCGAUGCAUCGUAUUGUUCGAGGAUCAUUGACGCUUUCAGAUGGUCUGUGCCUGCCAACCGGCGUUCACAUUUGUUUUCCAUCUGGACCCGUGAGCAAAGAUCCAGCAUUUGUCUCUAAUCCAGCAGUGUUUGAUGGCUUUCGGUGGUGCCAAGACCCCAAAGAUCGUGAUGUGCUAAGAAACUCCGCGAAGCAACCAGAAGGUGGUUUCAGGAACGAGGGAAUGAGCCAAAAUGGAUCCAGCUGCGACGGCAAUCCAGUCACAAGCUUCGUCAGUAUCAGCCCGUCGAACAUGCACUUUGGUUUCGGUCGUCAGGCUUGUCCCGGUCGCUUUUUUGCUGCUAAUACCAUCAAAGCCAUCUUGAGCCGUCUCAUUCUGGAGUAUGAAUUCAAGUUUGAGAAUAACCAGGCGGUAUGGAGACCAGCGAACAUCGGCAUUGGCGAGCAUGUCUUUCCUAAUACCCAGACAAGAAUUUUAAUUAGGAGACGGACCAAGUCUAUGGAGCCCUGA